AUGUCUCUGCAGAAGGAAGCUGUGGGAACAACCGCGAGCACUACCUGGGCGAGCCCUUACUACAUGAUGACGUGUCCGGGCACUCAGGCGCUCACCACACGGAGAAUGACGGAGGCAACUUACGACGAGAUCACAGCAGAGGUCAUAGGGCUGUAUGACUCGCUGCCAAGCACCUGCACAGCGACGGAGUGUCCACAGGCUGAUUGGGCUGGAUGUGUCCUGCGAAUGGCUGGUCAUGACUUCAUGGAUUACAAAGAUGGCGAGGGUGGUGCAGAUGGCUGCGUGGACCUCACAGAUGCGGACAAUGCAGGUCUUGCCGAGUGCCUGCAUGUUGGCGAGUUUGGCAUCUCCAUCGACAGCGCAUAUCAGCAUUACUGUGAGUCUGUCUCCUUGGCCGACUUUCUAGUCAUUGCUGCUGAAGCAGUCAUGACUGCAUCCCGCAAGCACGUGACAGAAGCUGAUCCAAGCAGGUCCGCCAUCGACUUCAAGUCAUCUUUCAAGUUUGGCCGCACGACGGCCACGGCUUGUGAAUGGGCGCAUGGAAGAUUGCCCAAUCCGGAAGACAGCUGCACAGCAGUUCAGGAGACCUUCGUCGACAGCAUGGGCCUUACCUGGGCUGAGGCCGCAGCAUUAAUGGGAGUGCACACGCUUGGACGUGCGCAAGUGGCAAACUCCGGUUACGACGGCUGGUGGAGCUCCGCAGUGAUGAGCCGCAAUUUCAACAAUGACUACUUUGUGUCCAUCUUGGCCAAAGGCUGGGCCCCGGAGGUCGCAGUGGCAGGAAACUCGGCAAAGAACCAGUGGAAACGAGCAGAUUCUGGAGCCAACGAGACAACACUUGGUAAAGAGAUGAUGCUUAACACUGACCUUUGCCUUGCCUUCACCAUGGAUAACGAGGGCACCGUGGAGCUUGAUGCGGCCACGGCAGCAAGCCAUGAAUGCCUCUGCACUUGGGAUAUCCCCGUUUCUGUGUCUGAAGCGACGGAAAAGUACGAAGAGGGGCGGUUCUGCGGCAGUACCACAAUCCCCGGUAAGUCGAAUUUCAGGCAGCAGCGGGCCCUCUGCUGUGGGGCAGAAUUUACAAAAGUCUCGGACUCCUCGAUUGACUGCGGCCUCCCAGUUGAUCCCAAAGGACCUGCAUACCAGUCGGUAAAACGCUUCGCGAAUGAUGAGGAUGUGUGGAUCCGAGUUUUCAAGAAAGCCUGGAACAUUGCUACCACAAAUGGCUUUUCGCUUCGCCGGCUGCGUUCGUAA